UUUAAAUUAAUUAAUUUAUAUAUUCUUUUUUCUUUGUGAUUCCGUGGGGUGGCUAUUUUUUCUAACUUUCGUGAUCUUUCCUAUUACUUAAAUCGUUUUUAAAUUAUUUAAAAUGAGCAAUACAUUAAUUUUAUAAAUGUUACGUUGGUACUGAAUCCCUAUAAUCCAAACAUCUACAUUAUUUUUUUAUUCUCAGAUCCACUACCAUAUGUAUUUUCAAUAUGGGAAGCAGAAAACACAUAUCAGUGAAUUUACGUGACUUGCAAAGAGUUAUGAAUAAAGAGGAAGACGAUCUUCCUAAUUUCAGCUCUGAAAAACCUAGCAAGUUUGGUGCGACUAAAACAUUUGAGUAUAAACUAUCCAGUAAUCGUUGGGAAAAUGAAGAUAACGACGACGACUUUGAGUUACUCGGAGUAGAAAGAAAAUCGGCGUCUGAAGUAGAUUUCACAAAUAUCAGACAAAUUGCAAAACCGAAUGUCGAAAGCAAGCCUACAGCUACGUAUACCCCUCCAAACGAGAUUUUAACACCUGAAGAUAACUGGAGGUCCAAAGAACCUCCAAACACUCAUGAAUCGCCAGAGUGUUGGAGAAAUGUAGGAGGAACGGAAGAUACAAAGACCAUUUCUGAUGACUUUAGAAACAUGUUUAGUCGCGGAAGACAAACCAAAGAUUUUGAAUUAUCUAGGGAAAGAAGUGAUGACCAGAAGAGGCUAUAUGUUCCAAAAUUUAAAAGGGAGCCUAGUCCUAUAAAAAAUGACCGAUUCAGUUGUUUGGAUGAACCUAGAGAUCAAUCUCCAAUGAGGAGUUCGAAUUUUAGGGAUUAUGAUGGCUUUUCAAGGUUUGAUUAUGAUCGCAGAAAUGCCAGAACACCUCCUAAGCCGGAUAGAUCAAGAGAUGAUUGGGAGUUUUCAGAGAAACCCAGAAAUUACAGACCAAGUGAUGAUGAUAGGAUUAGAAAACCUGCUUUUACUACGGAAAGUCCUCCUUCAGAAGAUAGAACUUUUGGUGAUGGUCAGAAAAAAGGUUUGUUUGUGCCAUCAUAUCGAAGAAGUCUUAAGAAAGAAGAUACAGUGGAGGAUAUAUUCAUGAAGGCAGCUGGAAUUACAUCAGAAACUGAAAAGUCUAAAAAGGAAGUGUCAGAUGCCGAUAAGGCAAAGAAGGAAUUACAAGAUAACCAAAUUUUACAAUCCAAGAGAAAUGAAGUAGCUAAACAUAAUAAGUUGUUCAAAUGUAGUCCUGAAACUGUGACAUUAAUAGAGGAGUAUGUUUUAUCAUUAUUAGAUUCAAAUGAAGAUGAGGAUGAAGAGUUUCCUGAAUAUGAAGAAACCGAGUCUUUAGUCCCAUCAUUGGUAACAUGUGUUAUAGUUGCGAAAAACUGCGAAAACUGCAAAACCCUGGAAGAAGUCCAGAAUAAAUUUGAAAGAGUAAAGAAAUGGCUUUUAUAUACAACCCAAGAUCAAGAUACGAAAAGAUUAUUAACUGAACUUGUGAAAUCAACACAUCAUUGGGGGUACCCUCCGCUGUCGGAAUCAGUAUAUUUAGUUGAAGCAUUGUUUGAUUCUUUGUAUUUGUUGGGAAUUGUAAGUAGAGAUGAAUUUUUGCAAUGGUUUGAAAAUGACGUUGACGAGAUUCCUGAUCGAGUAUCAUUAUUGUUACAGCUAAUGAAUUGGAAAAAAUGGCUAUCUGGAGAGGGUUUGGAUCAGAUAAAUGAAGAAGAUUCCGAUUCAGAGUCCGAAUCGGAAGAUGAUUCUGACAUUGAGGCGAAUGUCCCUAAGCCAAUCAGGCUAACAAAAGGAGUUAAAUUUAAAUGACACUAGAACCAAUUUGUAAAAUAUUUUUAAUUUCUAAUAUUAAUACUUGAAUUA